UGCAGAGGUAAAAUGCUCUUCCAAAGAUGGUCCUGGCUCUUGCUGUAUGUGAGAGUUGGUAUCGUUCUGGGACCUGAACCGAGCGACCCUGAGCAACAUGGGAAAAGUCAUUGCUAUCAGCUUCACAAACUUAACUGCAACUUCGCUGAAGCAGAGCGGUUCUGCCGCAACCUGAGAGGACACCUGGCCCACACUUGGAACCCAAAGCUUCAGGCCGUCAUCCAAAAGUUCCUGAAAAAAGAAACAAUAAUAUGGUGGGUGGGGGAAAACCUAAACCAACUGAGGAAGCCUCCUCCCGGGAUAACCCAGCCAGGAGGUGUCGCUGACUUCAGGGCCCCGAAGGUUGACAUGUGCAAGUCCGUGGUCACAGGCCCUGACAAUAUCUACCAACUGUGGGACCAUUGCAAAAAGAAGCACCAUUUCAUCUGCCAGACUGCUGCCUUUCCUCAGCACAGUGCAAGCAGUGAGAGAACUAAGCGUGGUCCGAGGAGACAAAAGAGAAAAAGAGGAGCACAGCCAGAGAGAAAUAUGUUCCCAGGAGGUGUUCCUCUGCCAGGCUCAUGCCACCAGCGAGGUCCUCCCAAUCCAGCUCCUCCUAAUUCCUCUAAGACACUGUGCUUCCAGCAAGUUUCUUCAGCCACACCAAAGACGGCAACCCCAUCUUCAACCAGAGCUUUACAGGUGACAUCAGCCACACCAGCACCCAGCAUUCCACCACAGGUGACAUCAGCCACACCUGCACCCAGCAUCCCACCACAGGUGACAACAGCCACGCCUGCACCCAGCAUCCCACCACAGGUGAGAACAGUCACACCUGAACUCAGCAUCCCACCACAGGUGACAACAGUCACACCUGAACUAAACAGCCCACCACAGGUGACAACAGCCACACCUGCACCCAGCAUCCCACCACAGGUGAGAACAGCCACCCCUGAACUAAACAGCCCAACACAGGUGACAUCAGUCACACCUGCACCCAGCAGCCCACCACAGGUGACAUCAGCCACACCUGAACUCAGCAGCCCAGCACAGGUGACAACAGUCACACCUGAACUCAGCAUCCCACCACAGGUGAGAACAGCCACACCUGAACUCAACAGCCCACCACAGGUGACAACAGCCACACCUGAACUCAACAGCUCACCACAGGUGACAACAGUCACACCUGAACUCAGCAUCCCACCACAGGUGAGAACAGCCACCCCUGAACUAAACAGCCCACCACAGGUGACAUCAGCCACACCUGAACUAAACAGCUCAACACAGGUGACAUCAGUCACACCUGAACUAAACAGCUCAACACAGGUGACAACAGUCACACCUGAACUAAACAGCUCAACACAGGUGACAACAGUCACACCUGAACUAAACAGCUCAACACAGGUGACAUCAGUCACACCUGAACUAAACAGCUCAACACAGGUGACAACAGUCACACCUGCACCCAGCAUCCCACCACAGGUGACAUCAGCCACACCUGAACUCAGCAGCCCGCCAUGGCCUGUAAUGACAGAGGUCACCAGGACUGAAUUCCCAAUACCUGCUGGAAGAUCUUUGACAGACAUCACUUCAAGCCCAAAGGAAGACUCUCACCCAGGAGCCCUCCCCACCCAUCCACACAAGUCAUUUCAGAGAGCGUCCAAUCAGGUCACAGAUGAGACAGCAGGGAAACUGAUCCCAGCAACGGCUGCUUUUCAAGCUCGCAGUGAAUUCCAGAAAGCUUGUGCCAUUCUCCAGAGACUGCGAGACUCCCCUCCAACAUCUUGCACACUGGCUCAGAUCAGUGUGGCCAAUUCACUCAUGGACCUGAGUGAGCAGUUGCUGAUGCUCCUAUUUCAGAAAAAUGACAGCUGGAGCCUCAAAACUCCGGCGGUUAGCUGCCUCUUUCAGUCUCUUGGAAAUUUGAUAACAAUCCAGAAAAAAAGCCAGCAGAUGGUUUGGCAAGACAAUGAGCAGGUUGAAGACGUGCUGGAGACGUCGUUGAUGGCCUUGGGGGAGAUCCACAAAGCAUUUUGCCAACAGAGCCUGUGUCCUGAGCCAGCAGUGACCUUGACCUCUUCCACUGCUACCCUGAUGUUGAGCAGUCAAAAUGUGUCAUCUUUGCCUCUGAGCACCUACACUCUGGGGGAGCCUGCACCCUUGAGGUUAGGCUUCCCGUCGGCACAAGCGCUGAAGGAGCUCUUGAAUAAACAUCCAGGAGUGAACCUUCAAGUAACAGGUCUGGCUUUCAACCCUUUUGAGGCUUUGGAUGACAGGAACAUUGUUGGAAGUAUUGGAAAUGUGCUACUGAGUGAUUCUAACCAAUCGAUCCGAGUCCACAAUUUAAUAGAAAAUAUUGAGAUCAUGCUCUGGAGAAACGCCAGCAUGGAGACCCAGCCCACCACCCUCAACGCAAGCACAGACUAUUUCACAGUCACCGUGAAUGUCACUUCCUUGGAGAAAACCCUCAUUGUGACCAUCGAGCCUGAAAGUCCCCUUCUAAUGAUACUCUACCUGGGCUUCCAGGACCAGCCUGACCACAUUGACUUCUACCUCAACAUCAGCUUUCCAAGGAGUCAGGUGUGGCAGAAAGAUGAGGGAUACACGUGGGUGCUGACACCAGAGAGCCUGCGGUACGGGACUGGCACCUACUAUGUAAUGGCUGUGGAGAAUAAAAGCUCAGAGACGACACAGCAUAUGCCUACCCUGGUCUCAGUGGUAACAGCUGUCACCCAGUGCUAUUUCUGGGACCGACACAACAGAACAUGGAGGAGCGAUGGAUGCCAAGUGGGGCCGCAGAGCACCAUACUGAAGACGCAGUGCCUCUGUAACCACCUGACCUUCUUCAGCAGCGACUUCUUCAUGGUGCCCAGGACGGUGGAUGUGGAAAACACCGUCAAACUGCUUCUGAACGUGACCAGCAAUCCAGUUGGGGUGUCGUUGCUGGCCAGCCUCUUAGGAUUCUAUAUCCUCUUAGUCACAUGGGCUUGGAGGAAGGAUCAGGCAGAUAUGCAGAAGGUGAAGGUAACGGUCCUGGCUGACAAUGACGCCAGCGCCACAUUUCACUACCUUAUCCAGGUCUACACGGGGUAUCGGAGGAGGGCUGCUACAACGGCCAAGGUCGUUAUCACCCUCUAUGGCUCAGAGGGGUGCAGCGAGCCCCACCACCUUUGUGACCCACAGAAGACGGUCUUCGAGCGUGGAGCACUGGACGUUUUCCUUCUCUCCACUGGAUCCUGGCUCGGGGACCUGCAUGGCCUUCGGCUGUGGCAUGACAAUUCUGGCAACAGCCCUUCUUGGUAUGUAAGCCGGGUGAUCGUCAGCGACAUGACUGUGAGGAAGAAAUGGCAUUUCCAGUGUAACUGUUGGCUGGCCGUGGACUUGGGCAACUUCGAGCGCGAUCGGGUUUUCACACCAGCCUCCAGGAGGGAGCUCUCUUCCUUCGGACACCUCUUCUCCUCCACGAUCAUAGAGAAGUUCACUCAGGAUUAUCUGUGGCUCUCAGUUGCAACGCGCCAUCCCUGGAACCAGUUUACGAGGGUCCAGCGGCUCUCUUGCUGUCUGACGCUGCUUCUCUGUGACAUGGUCAUCAAUGUUAUGUUCUGGAAGAUGGGCGGCACCACGGCCAAGAGGGAUGAGCAGCAAUUGGGUCCACUUGCUGUGACCUUAGCAGAGCUGCUCAUCAGCAUCCAGACUUCCAUCAUCCUCUUCCCUAUCCAUCUUGUCUUUGGGUGGCUCUUCCGGUUGGUUCACCCGACAGAAACUCUGCCAGAGGUUCCUCCCACCCAGGCUGCCUGUCCCUCAGCUCUUGUCUGUGAGUCCCCCUCUGUCACACAGGUGGUCAAGGAGUUAAAGGACACCGUGGGAUUCCUGCUCAGGAGAAAUAUGCAUCCGCUCUCAGAGUGUGAACAGUCUUCGUGGAGCUCUUGUGACAUUAACAAGCUGGUGAAGCUUUUAUCUAGCCUCAUUUAUUGUCACUUAGAAGAUCAAGGCUGUCACGGGCAGAUGGAAUCCCGCUGGGAAGACGCGGCUUCUGAAAAUCACUACCAUUUCUGUCGCUACCUACUCCAAGUUCUGCAGAGACUGAAGUUGCAUUUAGAUGCUCUCGGUGCUGCCCAGGACAACCAUCUCUCUGGCUUCUCUGAAGCAGUCAGCCAACUUCAAACCCUCCAGGAACUCCUGCAAACUCAGGUUCUUCGCAGGGAGCAAGGGCCAUGCAGGCCCUCAACCAGUUUCCCCAUCUUAAACUUGGAAGAAGGGAAGAAGCCCGUGUCUUUUUGCCUGUUCAGAUGGUUGCGGUACAGCUACUGGCUCCUUCCAGGCAUCGUCAGCCUGGCUUCGGCAUUUUUCAUAACACUUUACAGCUUGGAGCUGAACAAAGACCAAGCCACCAGCUGGGUUAUUUCCAUGAUGCUAUCAGUGCUUCAAGACAUCUUCAUCAGCCAGCCAAUAAAGGUGAUCUUCCUCACGUUCCUGAUCUCACUGAUGGCGAACCAGAUACCGUGGCUGAACAGAGACCAGGAUCAGCAUGCCAAGAGAAUUGUAGCACUUUGGGCGAAGCGCUCUUCACCGGCUCCCGGUCUGAGAGACAAGAACAAUCCCGUCUAUAUUGCCCCAGCAAUGACCACCCCAGCCAAGCAGCCCAAGAGAGGCUGGAAGAAGCCGCUCGUCAGGAUGACUGGCAGCACUCUGGUGCAAAUCCUCUUCCUGACCCUGCUGAUGACUUCUGUCUACUCUGCGAAGGACUACAAUCGAUUUUUCCUCCAUCAAGCUCUCUGGAAGAGGUUCUCUCACCGACUCUCAGAAAUCAAACUUGUGGAGGAUUUCUACCCCUGGGCCAACCGCACCCUCCUUCCUAACCUGUAUGGGGAUUACAGAGGAUUUAUUACUGACGGGAACUCCUUUCUUCUGGGCAAUGUUUUGCUACGCCAGAUUCGCAUUCGUAAUGACAUGUUCUUCCCAGUAUCUCUCCAUGAGCAAAUGAAGUCACAUCCUCAACAUCAGGAAGACAGAGAGAACUACGGGGCUGGCUGGGUGCCCCUGGAUGCAAAUGUCACCAAAGCAGAGAGCAUUUGGCAUUAUCAGAGUCAGGAGUCACUGGGAGGCUACCCGAUCCAAGGGGAAUUUGCCACUUACUCAGGAGGAGGUUAUGUUGUAAGACUUGGGAGAGACUCCAGUGCUGCAGCCAGAGUUCUGCAGCAUCUGGAGCAGAGGCGCUGGCUGGAUCACCGCACCAAAGCCCUCUUGAUGGAACUUAUGGUCUUCAAUGCCAAUGUGAAUCUGCUCUGUGCAGUGACUCUCAUUCUGGAAUCCAGCAGUGUGGGGACUUUCUUCAGCUCCCUACGACUGGACAGUUUAACUUCCCUUCCGUCAACAGAGAGGGGCUUUGCCUGGAUUAUCUCACAAGUCACCUACUACCUCCUUGUCUGUUACUAUACCUUCAUACAGGGCUGUCGGCUGAAGCGGCAGAGGUUGGGGUUCUUCACUAGGAAAAGAAACAUUCUGGACACAAGCAUAAUCCUCGUUAGCUUCAGCAUCUUGGGGCUCAACAUGCAGUGCCUUUCUCUACUUCAUAAAAAUAUGCUGCAGUACCGCCUGGACCGGGACAGGUUCAUCAGUUUCCAGGAGGCACUGACAGUGAGCUCUGCAGUCACUCACCUCAUGGGCUUCCUGGUUCUGCUGGCAACUGUGCAGCUGUGGGACCUGCUGCGACAUAAUGCCCAGUUGCAGGUCAUCAGCAAGACACUGAACACGGCCUGGGAUGAGGUGGUGGGCUUUAUACUGAUCAUCAUGAUCCUGCUGAGCAGCUAUGCUAUGACUUUCAACCUGCUGUUUGGAUGGAGCAUCUCUGACUAUCGGAGUUUCUUCAGCUCUACAGUGACUAUUGUUGGUCUCUUGGUGGGAAUUUCUAACCACAAGGAGGUUAUUGCUCUACACCCAAUUCUGGGCUCCUUCCUGGUCUUCACUAGCAUCAUCUUGAUGGGGUUUGUGAUCAUUAAUCUUUUUGUUUCCGCCAUUCUCAUUGUCUUUGGAAAAGAAAGGAAGGCCCUUUCGAAAGAAGCUACACUGACAGACAUGUUACUACAGAAGCUCUCAAGUCUGUUGGGAAUCCGCCAGCACCAGAAUCCUUCAUCUGAGAAGCAUGCGGACAACACUGGGUAUUGA